UUUAUUUAUUCCUACGUGAGCAGACCCACUACACUUCCCGCAUAUAAACAGUAAAAAUUACAAUAUAAAGGACGUGUUUUUUUCUUUCGGAGUAAUUCUGCUGCUGCCCAAAGCCUGGUUUGUUUUGUGAGGACAGGAGGUCCACGCUCUGCAGGUAAUCCCACAGCUUCAAGCUUCAUAGUGCCUCCUUGCCACGACUGCCAUGUUUCAGGCCCAAGUCCUGAGGUCCAGUGAACACCAUUUUUGGCUCAGAUUCCCAGAGACUGCAACCAGAGUGUACUCUGCCCACAUGUGAGUACUAGCCAGAAUACAACAAGAACGCUGUCCUCUGAAUGCCCUCCAACGCCUCAAUCCUAUCCCAGCCACAGUCCACUAGGUUUUGUGAGACUAUUUAGGAAGAUAAGUUUUCCUUGCCUAAGAAAAAGGAAACAGCAUGAAAGAAAACAAUGGCCCCAAAGGAAAAAUUUGUGAUUGACGUGACUGGGAAUGUUCCCUUAGGAGCAUCAUAUAUCAUCACUGAAGCAAACCUCCGUGUCACGUACUCCUCUGCUUGCUUCCACGCUGUGAAAAGGAGAUGUAUUUAAGUUUCCUGCAGUUUUACAGUGGAAACUGAUCUCUAGGAAGGGAAGCUGCAGGUCCCAAGCAUAGCAGGUUUCUUUUGGAAUUCACACAUCAGGAGUCUGGUGCAAACCCCUAAAUGGUACCUUUGUUGUCUUUCUCUUUGAGACAGCAAGCUUCCUCCAGGAACAGAACUGCCUGCUGGCUUCCCUUGAUAAACAAUUCACAGCCCUCAUGACAGAUCAGCUGUUUAAUAUUAGCCUAACUCAUUGUUUAUCUAAGUGAUGAUUAUCACUGCAAUGAAAUACUAUUUUAACUAAAGGAGACGAGUGACGCCAAGCCCCCAGGAAGAAACUACAGAUGGGAAUGGCUGAUGGAACUUCCCGUUCUCAGAGGAGAGGAGCUCUAUACCCUGUCUGGCAUAGCUCCACAUCUGAUGCUGCUCCAAAGACCUAAAGACAUGUGCCCUGGAGCAGUAUAUGGUCCCAGCCCCUCCAAGUGAGACUCCAUGGCCCAGGCAAAUGUAAAAGUGCGACCUGUGCUUCUAAAGCGAAGCAGUCUAGAGUCAGUGGAGUCUGUGCAGCCGCCUCACCACCGCAGGACCAAGUCUCAGCAGGUGCGAUUCAAAGAGGAUGGGGCCACUAAGACUCCGCCCGGCCUAGCAGAGGUCGCUGUUCACUCUCCUGAAGACCCAACUGCAAUGGGCAAGACUCAAGCACCCCGGCACCAUCACCUGCCCACCUACUCACUCUCCUUCCCCAGGUCCCAGAAGGGGGGCUUGCGGAACAUGGCUAUCCAAACCUCCCCCAGUCUCAGGAAAAAUUUCCCGGUUUUCAAAAGGAAGAGACUUACAGCCAGCAAGUCCUUGGUGGAAAUGCCAACAGCAUCCCAAAGUGCCAUCCAGCUCAACGGCAACCUCUCUGAACAGGACAUUGUGUCCUCCAACCUUGCCUACUUACGGCUGGCUCAGCAUCUUGAGGAUGGGCCUCAAAGGGUCAAGCUGUCCCACCUGUUACUCCCAAGAAUGCCCAAAGUGCAAAGCAAUGGACCCGUUAGCGUAUGCUCAGAUGCGGGGACAUGGAGCACCUCUGAGAAAUCAACAGCUGCCAUUCAGGUCCCUGAUGAUAUUUACCAGAGUCCUAGAUGGGCAGCGACAGGCUCCACUGUCAGGCCAGAAAGGUUAGCUGAGAGAAGCCACUCUACACCCCCUUUAGUUGACAUGUGCCCAGGGGACAGAAGAAGAACGCAGCCAUCAGGGUCAGAACUGUCGUCCUCCUGCUCCAAUACCACCAGCCGUGCCAACCACAUUCCAGGCACAGGGAAACUUAAACCUGAGUUGCUUUUGCCCAAAGAAAAUUCAGAUAACCAAGAUCCCUUGUCAGCCCAGUCAAAAGAGAUGUGUGACCCCUUACUUCUGCGAACUCACAGCUCCUUCAUGUUGGACUCCCAUGGCCAGCCAGUCAAUCUGGGAGGGGCUUUGGACUGUUUUCCAGCCAGUAACAACCACCAGGACCAGCAGUCACCCAGGUCUAAUAUUGCAUCAAAACCUGCCUCUGCGAGUCAGGAACAGAGAGUCAAGAGCCCCUCAUCGCCAGCCAACCCUGUGGAGACUCAGAACUGCCUUGGAAGCGAUCACCUCUCAAGCUCUCUUCCAAGGAGGGAAACCAAACAGCACGGUAGGGAGGUUGGUGGGACUCAUCAGAUCCAUCUAGCACAGGGGGAAAUCUGUGACCUCCAAGGCAGGCUUCAAUCUGUGGAGGAAUCUCUGCACUCAAACCAAGAGAAGAUUAAAGUUCUUUUGAAUGUAAUCCAAGACUUAGAGAAAGCUCGAGCUCUCACAGAAGGGCGCAACUUUUAUCGAACCGGCCAAGAUCUCAACAAUUGCAGUACGUGCCAGAAUACCGCGUGCAUCAUAUACAGUGUAGAAUAUGAUUUUCGACAGCAGGAAGGCAGGUUCCAUGAAGUUCUUCAGAGUCUGGAGGAAGUAGAACCAGCUGAGGAGACAUCUCCCCCACCAAAGUCCCCUGCAGAACUCCCGGUUCCUGAGAAACAGGACUUGAGGCGGAAAACCAAGAAGGUGAAGAAGAAAUGCUUCUGGUGGAUCUGAACUUUGAGGGACUAUUCCUCUGCCAUCCACCUCUCUAGACACCUUCCCAAGGUGAGGAUGCCAUGCCUCAGACCUUCUAGAUCCCUUGGUGGAGGCCCUAGCCUGUGAGCCACCCAACAGUCAACCUACAGAACAGAAAAGAGCUGAGCUGCUAUUGCACUAUUAGCUGAGUGCUAAUGGACACUUAACCACAACCUCACCUGAAUGAGUGUCACUGCUUGCUGAGGAAUUUUGAUACCCAUGAUAACUUGUCACAUACCCUGUCAUA